AGGCUCCACAGCUGGGGAGAAGCUGGUCAUAACUCCUCCAGCCCCAGCCUCUGAUGAUGGGAAUCGAGAAGAUAAAGGCAGAACUUUCUGGUGCUUGCACACUGUACUCAGAGCUCCUUUCUGAUCCCAGAAGCGUAGGCAUCACCGCAGCCCAUGGCAGAAGCUGGCUGGAACAUGAAGUGGAUUCUGGACUUGAGCCUCACCCUGUGCCUGGUAGUCCAGACAGCCUUAGGUGCUUUGCACACCAAGGAACCUCUCCUGAUCACCAAACAUGGGAUCCUACAAGGAAAGCAAGUGCAUGUGGGAGACACACCCAUCCGAGUCUUCCUGGGAGUCCCCUUCUCUCAACCUCCUGUGGGCACACGCAGGUUUGCUCCUCCAGAGCCCCCGCUACCCUGGAACGGAAUCAGAGAUGCCACCACCUACCCCCCUUCGUGCCUUCAGGAAUCCUGGGGGCAGAUAACAUCCAUGUACUUAAACACGCGGAAACAGUACGAGUGGCUGCAUUUCAGCGAGGACUGCCUUUACCUGAAUGUAUAUGCCCCAGUACUCGCACCUGGGGACCCUCUGCUGCCGGUGAUGGUUUGGUUCCCUGGAGGUGCCUUCCUCGUCGGUUCGGCUUCCACCUAUGAAGGUUCAGAGUUGGCGGCCCGUGGGAAAGUGGUGCUGGUGUUUCUUCAGUAUAGGCUGGGCAUCCUGGGCUUCUUCAGCACGGGCAACAGCCAUGCCCGCGGGAACUGGGGGCUACUGGAUCAGAUAGCUGCUCUGCGGUGGGUGCAGGAGAACAUCGAAGCUUUUGGUGGAGACCCGGACAGUGUAACACUAUUUGGCCAGUCGGCAGGAGCUAUGAGCGUCUCAGGACUGCUGAUGUCACCCCUAGCCCAGGGCUUAUUCCAUCAAGCCAUUUCCCAGAGCGGUACUGCGGUACUGAAAGCCUUCAUCACUCGCGAUCCACUGAAGUCAGCCAAGAAAAUUGCUCACCUGGCUGGCUGCGACCACAACAGUACGAAGAUUAUGGUAGAAUGCCUGAAGGCUCUACCGGCAGAGAAGGUGAUGCUUGUUUCCAAGAAGAUGACAUUCUUUCGUGCUAACUCCCAUAAAGAUCCAAAAGACAUCGUGUGGUUCCUGAGCCCAGUGGUGGAUGGUUUGGUGUUCCCAGAAGACCCUGUGGUGCUCCUGACCCGUGGGCAGGUUAAACCUGUACCCUACCUUCUAGGUGUCAACAGCGCGGAGUUCGAGUGGUCCUUGCCUUUUCUCAUGAAGCUCCAGCUAAAUCAGCGCAUAAUGAACAAAAACUACAUCACCAAACUACUCUGGAGUUGCAGCAUUUUGCUGAAUAUCACUGAGGAGCAAAUCCCACUGGUGGCAAGAGAGUACUUGAGUGAUGCUAUCAGUCACCACGACUGGAAGAUGUUCCGAAACCACCUGAUAGACCUGGUCGGAGAUGCCACCUUUGUCUAUGCCACACUCCAAGCUGCGCGAUAUCACCGAGAUGCUGGCUCGCCUGUCUAUCUGUAUGAAUUCAAGCACCAUGCUCCAGGCAUCAUUGUCAAACCUCGAAGUGACGGAGCAGACCACGGAGACGAGCUUUCCUAUCUCUUCGGGAGCCCUUUCUCCAAAGGCUCAUCCAGAGGUGAGGAAAAGGAAUUCAGCCUCCAGAUGAUGAAAUACUGGGCCAACUUUGCUCACACUGGGGACCCCAAUGACAGAGAGCUGCCCUACUGGCCUCGCUUUGACAAGGAAGAAAAGUACCUGCAGUUGGACUUCGAUACAAGAGUGGGUGUGAAGCUCAGGGAGAAACAGAUGACUUUCUGGAGACGGCUGCGCCAGCCUCAAAAACCUUAGAAGCACUGGCCAUACUGAGAGUGACCAAGCAAGUGGAAGCUAUUCUGCCUCAAGGAGACUGGCCCUAGAUACAUAUGAGGCCAAGAGUCCUCCCCACUCAAUCUAGGACCUGUAGGUGCUCCUGACUGCCUUCAGGCCAUAGCUGGAGCCCUUGUCCAUCUUUGGGGCUUAGCACCACCAGUCUAGCCUGAUGUCCCAUGACACUUUAUAUCUCACUGUUUAAACCAGGUCAGGCAGGGCCUUUCAUCGCACUGUGCUCUACCUGCUCCCUCCUUAGCCCCACCCCCAUCUCAAGGCAAUCUCUGUUUUCUGUUUUAUAAGACCUCUUAUCCUUCAUGAUGUAUCUGCAGCCCUCUCUUAUGGAAUGUUCUCACGGCUGCCACUUCCUGUCAUUGUACCCUGCAGUCAUUGAUCAUCUGCUCUAUUCAACCUGCUUGCUUACACUGGCCUUGAGGCCCCAGACAAUCCAUUUAUGAUAAGGAGAAAAGCUUCGAUGGUUCCGAAUCUGUAUUCCCUUCUCACACUCAUCUCCCCCGUGGUGCUCCCAAAGCCUGUACCUAGGGAUUGUGCUCAAUAAAACAAUGUGUUGAUU